CAAAAAUGGUGGACAGCUUUCACAAUUUGUGAAAAAUGACCAGAAAAGUGGUUCUAAUUACUAAUGAUGAUAAAUUGUUCUGUUGUAAGUAGUACAACGUGAAUGUAUAUGGUGAUACCUCGUUAAGGAACAUCAGAUGAUCUGACGGAACAGAAAGUUGGCCACUGGGCACUACUCAUCAUGGUGACUGCUGCUGCUAAUCAUCCCAAUGAAUUAUAAUUGCCGCCACCAUGUUUGCCCUGGAUCAAUUUGAUGAGUGAUUCUGCUGAUAAGGAAAUGCAAGAGGAGGAGAGUCUUAAUAUAUUCAGCAUCCAAUAUCUAAGUGCAAUCUAUUCAUCACUAAUUGCAACAAUGAGAAGCCGGAACAGUUUGAUUAUCAUGACACUGCUGUCAUCAGCACUGGUGAUGUUAUGGCUAGCAUACAUCCCACUGCCAAACUUACACGUUGUGAUGAUCAGUGCUAGCGAUGCUACACAUCGGACGCUACACCGCCUAGCACCCAGCACUAUUCAUAAAGAUUCACUUCGAGAAUUAGACAUUGAUAAACAGUAUCUUAACCAGCUCGGAUUCGUUGGCACACCGAAUAUGUUUGGAGUGUCGCCGAUCAAUUCAUCUUUCCCACCACCAGUGUUUGUCAGCGCCAUCUACUGGAAGAACGUGCAAUAUACUCGUGAAUUCAUCUCGUCUCUUCAGCAGUAUCUUCCAGAGCGGAGGGUUGUGAUAUACGAUCUUGGUCUCAGUUACUAUGAUAAAAAAGAGUUCAGCGCAUCAUGCAACAUCACGAUGGGGUGUAUUUUUAGAUCAUUUGACUACAGUAAAUAUCCAUACCACAUACAGAGCAUGGAGACGAGAGCAUAUUUACCCGUGAUAUUACAGCAAGCCUUGAAUGACUUUGGCGGUAUAAUCUGGGUCGACACAUCAAAGGAGGCAAAAUACCUUAUCACAGGGGACCUGAAAGAAAUACUUAAAAAAGCUCAAAAGGUUGGGUUGGUCGGCUGGACAGUGGACGAACCAACCUCUGCACUCAGCCACCCCAAAAUGUUCUCAUAUUUCAAAACAAAACAAGAUCACUAUUAUUUUCACCGCAUGAUCUCGACAGAAACUCUUGUCUUGUUUAAUACGAAGAUGCUUCAUUAUGAUGUUAUGGAGCCUUGGGUGCGGUGCGCCCUCAUUGAGGAGUGCGUGCGCCCGACAGGCGCCAAGAACACCGCCUGUAAUUACAACCGUAAACCGCUAUACCGUUACUCGGGUUGCCAUAGGUAUGAAAUGUCGGCCAUGAAUAUUAUACUAGGAUUAGUAUUUAAUUUUGACUGCGGAGAAUAUACAACAAAAAUUCCCAUUCUGUCGUCGGUCGCACCAAAUUCGACUGAUGUGACAUCAGCUGCACAGGUGACGACGAAGGCUCAGCAUGUGACACGGAUGUGAUCAUGUGACACAAAGAUCAUGUGACGUCUGCUGACCUUCAGGUUUUUCUUGUCAUGCAUUUGCACUGCAGACACCAUACAAAGCUAUAUUACCAAACAAAACCAUUUCAUUCGACUUCUUUUGUCCUACGGGCUGCACCAAAAGAUAUUGUUCCAAAGUGACAUAUUUUAGUUUUGUCGACAUACCCCCAGUCAAAAGAUCAUAGAGCGGGUUGGUUUCAUUCUAAAAUAUAGCUUUGUAUGCCUGUACUUGUCCGCUGUGAUUUUAUUAGCUUAGCCACUGUGAAGAAACAUACAGGCUUAACCUUUGAAUGGAAUCAUUCCUCUUCUGAUUCAUAAUGUCCAAAAUUCUCAUUUUUUGUCCUAGUCUGAUGGCUGAAACUUAAUACUCAGGACUGCACGGACACAUCCUUAGGCAGGAAUGAAACAGUAUUCUUUGUAUCAAUGUAGUUGGCCAUAUAGGAACACAAACAUUGACAUCACCUCCUUGCGCACAACAUUCUAUGAUUGGUUGCAUAGUUUAUGUGCAGUGGAACCUCCCUAAGCGGACACCCUCUCUGUUAAGGACACUGGCUUUGGUCCCAAAUUGGUUAUUCCCAUUCGUUUUGAUCUCUUUAAUCAGGACACCUUUCUAUUACAGACAGCUUGUGUCAGUCCCGAGUGUUUCCUUAAUAGAGAGGUUCUCUUGUAUUUUGUGUUGUUUUGCAUUUAAAUGUACAUGUAGCUUGUUAAUGAUUACUGUGUCGAUGCUUAUAAGCUGGCUUUGGGGCAUCUGUUUUACAUCUGUCUAUUACAUACUCAUUGCUGUACAAAAACAGACUUCAUAUAUUCUCAAUUUCAUAGUCUGUUUUGAAGGUAUACAUUCUUUGUGAACAUUUAGGUGAGGGAAUUGUGAUAACAAUAGGCCAAUAAUACAUGUAAUAGACCAAAAAUCUAGGGCUUUCUUUUUGUAUAUUUUUACAACCUUGACUGCUUAGUAUUCCAAGAGCAUUUACUUGAAACUGCUUGAUAUAUAUGAUAAUGUGGUAGUUAGAUAAAUGAUAGAUGUUGUCCAUUUGUGCACAGUAGACAAAUGCACGUCUCUAUACAAUUAGAUUCCCUCAGAGAAAGUAUCUUUUAAAAGAAAGAUAGCAGGGGUUAAGAAGUAACAUUGCCUUACAGUUAUAAGAAAAUCUUGCCAGGUCAUGGACCAAGAAGCAGCAGUUUCAGAAAGUUAACCCAGUAACAGUAAUAUUUCACCUUCAAAUCAUAUACCAUGACAUGUGAAAGUUUUCGGUACUGUACAUAUUUAAAUAAUGGUUAACUCAUUCCUUCAAACUUUCAUAAUAUUGUCAUAAGAAUCAAGCAUUGAAAGCUGGUGUGAUCCUUAUUAU